AUGGGGGGGUCUGGAGAGGAUCCCUGGGACGACGAGCUCGGGGGCAUCACGUCCGGCAGCGGCGGUUGGGGGGGGGGAGGCGACGAUGUUGGGAAACUUUUUUUUCUUGGGGGUUUCUUGUUGCAACCAUCGAGGAUCGGGAAGCCAGGAACCAGUGAUUCUUCGGGUUGGAAUUCCAGCUUGGACUCGGAGGAAGGCACACCAGCCGCAGUGAUGCGGUCUUCCUUCGGGAUCCGCUAUGGGCCAUUGCCGCCAGCCGGCGCCAAAGCCGGCGACUCUUCCGGGCCAGGCGACUAUUCGUCGCUCAAGAAUAUGCAUCAUCAUCACGGGGAUGUGACGGGGAUCCGCCGGACAUGCUCGCGAGCAGCAGGUGGCGGCAGUGGCGCCGCAGGAUCGUCAACAGCAGGAGAUCCGGACGAGCGGCGUCCAUCCAAACACGUCAGUUUCGAUUCGUCGUCCUUGUUGCGGUCUCAAACCGUCGGCUCUCUGGACUCGCACGUGCUCACGACCGGCGGCGAUGUGGCGGGUAUGAAGAAGCAGAGCAACAGCAGGUCGACGGCCUGUGGUGUGGGGCCAGCAGGUGUCGCUCCCGGCGCUGCUGCGGCCGCCACUGCCGCCCGCCCGCUCAACUCCGCGCUGAAGGCGACGAGUCAGGAGAGGCUCAUUGAUGGGAAGAAGACGCUGGAUCCCAGCUACGAUGUUCUGCAUCAUAUCAACCCCUGCACAAAGGCUCUGGUUAAAGAAAAAAUGAAGAAGUCGGCCAUGAAGACACAGGCGACCCAGACGGAAGUGGAGGCGCUCGGAGGAGGAAAACCCGUCCCACCGCCGUAUUUAUCCCUCAGUCCCCGUUUGUCUCUGAAGGUGAAAAAGAAGUCUUGCUCUGCACAAACCAACGGAGGCCUGGUUCACAGAAAGCUAGUCAAAAGCCUGUCCGAAAUGGGCCAAUUCGAGGACAUCCAGAUGAAAAUCUACGACCUGGACACUGGACUGGUCCGAUCCCGGGAAUUCAUCCUGCCUCCGCCGAUUGAUUUCGAAUGCAGUGACCAACAUUCCUCUGCAUUCUUCGGAGACGAAGAGGAAGACGGAGCAGAAGAAGACGGGGAAGACGACGAUGAUGUCGGUACUGGUCACAGGGAGUACCGGGAAAUUAAGAAGAUGAAGGAGUACCAGGAGAUAUUCAUCGACUUUCAGCCCAUGCCCGUGAUGGACCCUGCUGAGUACUGCUUUCGAAAUGCCGGCAGAAAACCGCCGGUGACGUUAGUGAAGACCCUGUCUGAGGGAGACAUGCUCCACGGGCGGCACCAGGGGUACUCGCUGCCGACGGGUUUCAUAGACGUCGACUUGGAUCGAGUCAAAAGCGAACCCGAGGAGGAGUUUGUUGAAAGAUAUGUUUCAUGCUCUAACCCGAGAACGCCGACUUCAUCGUUGCCCCGGAAGUCGAGUGCCAAGACGUCAUCUCUCCAACAUCCGGAACCGGAAGUUGACCGCCCCACUUCCGCUCCUCCAAAAUCCGGCGCACCGGCGUCAUCAUCCGUUCUAGACUCUGCCACCAGUGGGGAUGACGAAGAAUCCGACGAAGCCCGGGAUGAAGAAGACGGGUUCCACGAAGACCUGCUCAUGUCCGAGUGGAUAGGGAAGCGGAAACCGCAGACCGGAAGCGAAUCCGGUCAAGUCGACGGUGUGCCGGAAGCCAGGCUGUUGUCGGUGGAUGUGGACGAUGCCUCGCACGGAGAUCAGGAGAAGCCACGAUUGAAGGACGAACUUGUUGUUUCUGGGGAAGGUCAGGUGGCGGUGGUGGUGGUGUCGUCCCAUCAGGCGCCGCCGCCGAGUCAGUUCGCUUCCGACUUUUCGCCGCCGAAAGUGAUUGGGAAGGAGACCGGAAGUAAACUGGGUCCAUCAGGAAGGAACAAUGGGGCAGACAACCGUCCCUUGGAAACAGCAGUCGUGCCAGCUGCAGUGUCCCGAAAACAGAGCUCUUUGUCUUCGGAAAGCAUGCGCUCAUCACGGGUCUCCUCGGACUCUGAACUGAAAACUUUCGACGCCGGAGAGUAUUCCGAAAACAUGGGCUCCAUGAGUAUAACCCGAGACGAAAUGGCCCUGAUGACAGUCACCUGCUCUGCCGACAAUAAUGGUAACAGUCGCCAGCACAGCAACGGCGGUGGCGGCGGUGGUGGGCAGGCGUCGGAAAGUGAGACGGAUCCCCUGGAGAUCCUCGCCCCGAGGGCCACGUCCAGGGCGAAUAUCCGGCUCAAGCAACCACCGGCGCCGGUGGUGUUGGAUGAGGAAUGUUCCACCACCAACACCAAUACAGGCACUACAGUCUUGGUGCGAGGCAAAAGCAUCGACAGUGGCGACGUGGUGACAUCCUGCAGCAACCUGGCAUCCCUCUCAUACGACAUGGAAACCCCCGACGAAGUGAAGCUCGCCGGUCGAACCAGUCCCGACGGACAGACCCAGCAGCAAAUCCGGGCCCGCAAAAAGACCGAGCAAAUCGUGGAACUCUACAAGCGCUGCGGGGUCACGCUGAUCCCAGAGUCCGGAGAAAGCACGGAACGAGAGUCUCUGGGCUCCACGGGUUCCAAAACGACGACCUUCGACGAGGAAAUUGCCAAGAUGGGCGUGGAGAGGUUGCUGAUGCCCGGGACGAAGGUGUCGUCGACGACGACGGCAGCGACCCAGCAGCAGCAGCAAGCAUCCCAAACAACGACGGGGUUCGUUAUUGCGAAUGUGGGGGCUUUGGGAUCGGGUAAAAGUGGGGUCGAGUCGCCUUGUCAGGCUGUGUCUGUGAAGAAGCAGACUGGAGAGCAUUUUCUCAGCAGCUUUGCCAGGGAGGAUUUGCCUCCUUUGCCGCCGGAACCGGAAUUGGAAGAAGAUGCUGCUGUGAUGGGGAAGGAGACUCCGAGUCCCACUUUGAGUCGGCCAUCUUCGGAGCCGGAAGCAGUCUCUGAAACCUGGAGCCAGCAGGAAAGAAGCAAAGCCAGGAGAGAACUGACCCUGGACCUGGAGCCUCAAGACUUCCAUCACCAGCAGGAGCCCCUUCUUGUNGAGACUCUAUAUCUGAAAAGCACUACAGUCUUGGUGCGAGGCAAAAGCAUCGACAGUGGCGACGUGGUGACAUCCUGCAGCAACCUGGCAUCCCUCUCAUACGACAUGGAAACCCCCGACGAAGUGAAGCUCGCCGGUCGAACCAGUCCCGACGGACAGACCCAGCAGCAAAUCCGGGCCCGCAAAAAGACCGAGCAAAUCGUGGAACUCUACAAGCGCUGCGGGGUCACGCUGAUCCCAGAGUCCGGAGAAAGCACGGAACGAGAGUCUCUGGGCUCCACGGGUUCCAAAACGACGACCUUCGACGAGGAAAUUGCCAAGAUGGGCGUGGAGAGGUUGCUGAUGCCCGGGACGAAGGUGUCGUCGACGACGACGGCAGCGACCCAGCAGCAGCAGCAAGCAUCCCAAACAACGACGGGGUUCGUUAUUGCGAAUGUGGGGGCUUUGGGAUCGGGUAAAAGUGGGGUCGAGUCGCCUUGUCAGGCUGUGUCUGUGAAGAAGCAGACUGGAGAGCAUUUUCUCAGCAGCUUUGCCAGGGAGGAUUUGCCUCCUUUGCCGCCGGAACCGGAAUUAGAAGAAGAUGCUGCUGUGAUGGGGAAGGAGACUCCGAGUCCCACUUUGAGUCGGCCAUCUUCACUUUGGACCUCGGUCGUCCUUUCUUCGUUUCGGUCCUCUCUUGACUGGGACCUGGACCUCGGAGUUCUGAAGGUAGUGGUCGUCCUCGGGGAAGAACACCUGGACGUGUCUGAAUCCCCGGAACACGCUGCUGCUGGUCCUCCCCGGGUACCACAUACUGCCCUACCUGGAAACAAUACCGGUACUCUAGCCAAGCGCUGGGACGACAUCCCGAGACGCAAAGACAGGAGGAAGAUCGUGUCCAGUUCCCUGGGCAUGGUUCGCAGUCCAGCCAUGCAUGAGGGGUUCAAGAAGGAACUGUUCACUGUUGAAAGAUCUCCUGGAACCCCUAUAGAAAUCCUGGCAUCAACGUCCAGUUCCGAUUCGGAAGAGGAACUGAUUCGCGCCGAAGAGCGCAGACGCCGGCGCAAUGGCCGCAAAAAGGGACGCGGCAAAAGCCUGAGCCGCGACACAGGAGGAGGAGACCACAACAACACGGCCACUUUGGCACGGAAUCCCAACAAGCACAACAGGAAUCAUCGCCGCAGUAACGCCACACCGUCUCCGAAACCGCCUGCGACCAGUAGUCUGGACAGGAGGAAGAACGUGGCGAGGUAUGCGCAGCAGGAAGAGAGCUCUGAUGAGUCGGACAUGACGGGUCACAGAGCGUAUCACACGAUGCCGUUGCAGCAUAGGGUAGGCGUGGACAUUUGCCGCGGGCGUUUUGGGGAACCCGAAGGACCAGUGGUUACAAAGCUGUCCAGAGAACGGAUCCGCAGCACAGACCCCGGUGAGGAAGGCGAAGAAGAAGACAAUGACGGGGAAGACGACGAGAACUCCUCAUCUCGUCAUCAACCGCCGCCACCGCCGCCGUCAUCGUCCACGCAAAAGCCGCCUUUUAUCGGAGUUGCCACUAAAUUCCGCCGCCAUCAAUUGAAAACCGCCGAGGCGUCCAGCUCUUUCGAGGGACACGAAGUGCUCCUACUCACCGAAGCCAGCAGCAGCAGCAGCACUGCGCAUCAGAAAGAAAUAUCUCCUUUGGCGAAUGCUGAAGGCUCUGGAAAACCGGGUAGCAAUAAUAAUAAUACUGUGGCGAUGAUGACCAUGACCAGCAGCAGCAAACCCCCCGUGGUCGGACCUAAACUCGGGUUCUUUGAUCCUUCCGUGACUACCAGUAGCAAUGAAGUGUCCACUGUGAAACUCUCGGGUAAACCCACACCGCCGCCGAAGCCUAAAUUCAGCAAAGGAAAGCCGCCUUCAGAAGCCGCCGGCAGCACCCAUAAGCCGAGUGCGACACCUGUUGCAGAAGCAAUAAGCUCCGCGAUCCCUAGUAACAACAAUAAAUCCCAGCAGAGAGUGAGUUUCGUGGAUACUGAGGAAGCAGCGCCAUCUGGCACAUCAGAAGAGAGCUUAGUCCAGAGAAAAUCCACCAUCACACAAACUGGGAGGAGUUUGAAGAAGAAAAAGUUGGCUUUGGAACUGGUGGGUGCGGAGAACGUAUUGCGACCACAGAGUGUGGAGCCCCAACAACAACAACAGCAGCAGCAGCAGCAGCAGCUGGGCUCUGUGACAGCUGAGGCUACAGAGCUCACUUCUGGGAAAUCUUCUAUUGGAACAGAGACUCCAAGAUUGCCAAAGCAUUCUUCAGUGGCUGGAAAACCUGGAAGUAGGGCCAAGUCUGAGGAGCGAACAGUGGCUGGAAAAACGAGGAGAAAAAUGACAGGCAGUACGGAAAGAGUCUGCAUGGAUUCUUGCAGUUCCGAAGCGUCGUUGAGCAAGUUGUCUCGACGGAAUUCCCAGAGCUCUGCCAAGUCCAUGUCCCUGGAUCUUUCCUUUGACGACGAAGAAGAAAGCGGUGACGUGUAUCCGGGUUGUUACAAGCACUGCUACUGGGUUUACGUCGGGGAGAAGCGAAGAGUGGAUGAAGACUCGGAGGAAUUACUUGAUCCUGACAACGAACUAGAGAGUCAGCUCGGGGGAGAUGACAAAAAGUCCAGUCUGGAAGAAAUUAGCAGUGAAGCCAAAACUUUAGACGAGUGUUCGUCCAUCAGCGGAGGGAACGGGUCUCUGGAUGUGGCUGUCCGAGGUCGGAGUCCCUCAGUGGCAUCCACGGGUUCCGAGCGUGAUUUCAAGCGGAAGUAUCAGGCGAUCGCCCACCGCAUGGUGCACAGGAAGGCCAGUUCCGAAAUGUACAGACGCAUCCAAGACCGGCAUUUCGCACGCAUAUCCCUGUUCCCACCGGGGGAAAAAGAUGACUGGUGA